AUGAAGCUCAACUCUGUGGCGGGCCUCGUGGCUGCAACAGCCGGCAUUGCCCAAGCUACCGCUUCAUCAGAUGAUUCGCUCGCGAUAUUCGCGAAGCGGAGAACGGCGGAUCUUGCUCAAUUCCCUGAUCCUACGUGGUUUAGCAAAAUCGACUCUUGGCUGUCUUCACAAAAGGAUGACGGGACUUGGUCUGAUGUGAAUUAUCUGUCGGGAUGUCCUGCGCAGCGCGCCAAUUGGCCGAUCCAAGAGCAUUGGAAUAGACUGAUCACCCUGGGCGCUGCAUGGAGCGGUACCAACCCUGCGGUUUCUAGCAGUCGGGCCAAGGACCCCAAGCUUCUGGCGGCGGUGCAGAAAGGUAUGGACUAUUGGUUUAGCAAUGACUAUACUCCUGCGGACUGUAUGGGCAACGGUGGUGACGCAACAAAAGGAUGUCCUUGUGGCACGCCGGGCCUAUGGAAUACAAAUUGGUACGAUCAAGCCAUCUUGAUACCCCAACUGUGUUCGACUGCAUGUCUGCUCGUCAAAGACGCAAACCUCACUGAGACUCAGCAAGCUGGAUGUGAGCGCAUCCCAUAUCGAGCCUACGCUCUUCGAGACGGCACCUAUGGCACAGGCGGCAAAAUGACCGGAGCCAAUGUCGUCCUGAUCAUGCAAAAUUCAGUUACCCUGGCCCUUUUUACUGAUAACAGUACUAUUUUAUCGGACUCCAUGACAAGAGCCAUGAACGAGAUGACUUUCACCGAUACUCCUGGAGCAGACGGUAUCCAUCGUGAUGGUACAUUUCUUCAACACGAUGGCGUCUUGUAUAACGGCAACUAUGGAAAAGAUCUGUUGAAUGCCUUCAUUCAGCUCGAAAGUGAAGCCAUUGGCACUUCAUUCGCUGCUGACAACGAUACACGAGCAGCUAUGUCAACUUACGUCAAAGGUGACGAGUGGCUCAUUUACACGGAUUCUCAAACAAGAACCGAACACUGGGACUUUAACGCCAUCGGUCGCUUUGUUUCUUUCCCCACGGUUGACUUACAAGCCAGCGCGGACAUUAACUUCAACGUCUCGAAACUCGCGGCCGCCACGGCGGACUUUCAGGGUCAAUACGCCGUCAACGAUACUAUCCGCAGACUUCUUUCCAAUGGAACCGAAAAGCUCACGGGCAACAGAGGUUUCUGGGCCAGUGACUACAUGGUCCACCGCCGAACCAACUUUAUGCUCACUAACAAGAUGAUCUCAACUCGAUCAGCCAAUUCGGAAAGUGUGAAUGGAGCCAAUCCCUAUGCGUAUCACAUGGGUCACGGAACACUGUACUCCUAUGUAAAGGGCAACGAGUACAAGGACAUUAUGGGGGCGUGGGAUUGGAAUCUCGUGCCCGGAACGACUACCUUGCUUAACCAGCCCAAGCUCCAGGCAUCUCAAGUGAAGUACUAUGGCUUGAAAGACUUUGUCGGCGUUGUAAGUGAUGGUACAUUUGGCGCCGCUGUUGAAGACUAUGUCGAUCCUCUCACACAAAACCUUUCUUACCGAAAAUCUUGGUUCUAUGUAGACGAAGGUGUUAUCGUCAUUACCACCGAUAUCAAGAAGAACGCCACUGCUGGAAACACUCCCGUUAUCACUGUUCUGGACAAUCGUGCCGCAGAUUCUACUCGCGCUCUCGUGAAAAGCGGCUUUGUUGCGCAACAGGGCGAGCAGCACCUCACCACAGACACUCUCUACUACGCAAACAACGGCUAUCUAGCCUACGACACUCCCUUCCAACUUACCCUGUCUCAAGGCAAGCGAAGCGGCAAUUGGUCAGAGAUCUCUACCUCAACUCAAGGCGUGGAAACUGUCGACAUUUUCUCCGCGUAUACCACCAUCAAGGGCAAUUCGUUUACCUACGGCUUCUUUCCUUCCAUCUCGUCUGUGAAGCUGCUCAAGGAGCUUGUAGACCCUACAUGGACACCCAUCACCAAGAAUGGAAUCUCUGGUGUUUACGGCAAGGGCAGAGCCAGUCUCGCAUUCUGGCCUGGCGGCGCAAAGUCUGUUAAGCUGGACUUGAAGGAGCUCGGAUGGUCGAACAAAGCUGGAACGCUGACGUUUACUUCCGAUCAGCCCGCUUUGUAUCUACUUAGCGCGCAGAAGAAGGACAAGAAGGGCUUGCACUUGACAGUAACGCUCGCGGACCCUACUCAGAAACUCGCUGCUGCCUCCUAUUCUAUCAAGGUUUCGGGCCAGCGCUACAAAGUUAGAGAGGUGGAUGAACAGAGCAAAGGCCUUGAGAAGAGAGGAGAUGGCAGUAUUGGCUUUGGUGUGAAGCUGCCUGCUGGGGGAUUGGCCGGAUCAUCGAUUAGUAGCGAUGUAACCUUGGAGUUGAAUUAG